AUGUUAUUUGAAUCAUCAAAUAUAAAUGCAGCAGAUAUUCAGAUCAGUUGUAGAUCAAAUUCAUCAAAGUUUGAUGCACAAACAACAACCACACAGUUAGCUUUUUCUUCAUCAAUUGAACUUGAUUUAGCUGAAUCAGCUAAUUCAGAUACAACAGAAUUUAACAUCCAUUGUGAUUCAGAAUCAGCAUUACAUGAAGCAGCAUCAACUAAUUUUUCUCACUUUUGGCCGCACGGUUCUGAAAUCUGGGACGAUGAACCAAAGGAACAACGAAAAGCGCUUAAACGUGCUUUACUUUCCGAAUCGCUUACACAAUCCUCAUCAGGAACUACAACUGGUUCGUUUCAUGGUAAAACAUGUAUCAUCGGUAAUACUGAGUCCAAUGAGUUAAAAAAUGAUUAUGAUAAUCAUUUUUUAACUCAAAAAAAGCAGAUGUCCGCCUGCUCUAUGGAAAAAUGCCCACUGUGUACCAGGAUUUCGAUUAAAUUUAUUUAG